ACUCGGAGUUGUGAAGCGCGGUAUCCCUCGUAAACCCAUUGAGCCAUAACCCGUGCGAACCAUUGCCGGUGUUGUACUGUAUGUUAUAUAUUGCUCGCAAACAUACCCUCACAUGAGGUUUACAUGCAUUGCAUUUAAAGCCGAGUUGUUUUUUCUCUCAUCAAAACACAACACUUCCCAACACUUAUGUGAUCAACAUUUUUAGUUUCAAUUGUUUGUUGGUUUGGUUUUAUUUGCCAACAAAUCGCGGACUCAAAGCUUUAAACUGAUAGCAAUUCAAUAGUUUUGUUUGCAAUUUAAAAGUACAACUUUUUUGCGGUUCAAAAAUGGGUAAAAACUCGUCACAAGAUCUGCCCGUUUGGAGGAAAAUGUUGACAAUCGGAUCCAAAUGGGAGGACAAGGAUCAAUUCUUAGAUGUAAUCUAUUGGGGUCGACAGUUGUUGGCCAUAAUUAUGGUUAAUUUCAACGCCGAAAACGACGACGUGAUGACUGACGUGAAGGAAGGCUUUAUGACAUCGUUUGCAUCAUUUCUGGAUUCAAUGGAUUCAAUGAUUUCUACAAUUAAUACAAAUUCAGUUCACAAUAACUCAGUUAACAUUCAUUCAAAUAAUAUUAAUAAUAAUAACAAUAAUAACAGCAAUAAUGAGAAAACUUCGGCCAAAUUCAAAAACGUUGUCAUAUCUCUGGAGAACUGUAUUCUUCCGCCACAACAGCUAUCGAUGACACCAUCGAUGGCCGACGGACUCGACGAACACCACGAGAUGGACCUCAGGAUACUUGGCUGCGAACUGAUCCAGACGUCGGGCAUUCUUCUCCGGUUACCGCAGAUGGCGAUGGCGACCGGACAGGUGCUGUUCCAACGCUACUACUAUUGCAAAUCAUUGGUUCGCUUCCCGAUGUCGAUAACAGCCAUGGCUUGCGUCACAUUGGCCUCGAAGGUAGAGGAGGCGCCCCGAAGAGUGCGCGACGUUAUCAAUGUGUUUCAUCACAUGAAACAAAUGCGCGAACAAAUUGAACCGAAGUCUUUAGUUUUGGACGAGAACUACAUUUCGACCAAAAAUCAAGUGAUUAAAGCAGAGCGAAGACUACUCAAGGAAUUGGGUUUCUGUGUUCACGUCAAACAUCCGCACAAAUUUAUAGUAACUCUUCUACAAGUGUUAGACAACGAGAAGAAUGAGCAGCUGAUGCAGACUUCGUGGAAUUACAUGAAUGAUAGCCUGAGAACCAAUGUAUUCGUGCGCUACUCUCCGGAGACCAUUGCCUGCGCCUGUAUUUAUUUAAGUGCCAGAAUUUUGAAGGUUCCGCUGCCAAAGAAUCCCAAUUGGUUUGAAGUGUUCGACGUGUCUGAACACCAAAUACAAGAUGUUUGCCAAACAAUACUGAAACUAUACGUUAGACCCAAACCUAAUCAACAACUUUUGGAGUCAGUUAUCGAUAAUUUGCGUAAAACACACGAAAACGCGAAACUGAAGGCCAAAGAGUUGAACGUAACCGCAAACGGAACGCCCACUUCCAAUGGCAUGGAAGUGAGUCCCGGCUCUCGUACUGACUCUCCAUUAGUGAAACCAAAAGUGGACAACAGUUCGCCCAAAAGCAAACUCAAAUCCAUUACAUCUGUCAUAAGCCAUACGACGAGCCCUAAUAAG